GGUCCUACGUUGUUUCCAGUAACAUGUAACGUCUUCUCAAAAUAUGGCGGCUAGUGAGGCUGGGGUGACCGUGAGGCAACCGCAUCUUUCUCGUCAGGAUCUGGCUACUUUGGACGUUGGCAAGUUGACACCACUUUCACGGGAAAUAAUCAGCAGGCAAGCUACAAUUAAUAUUGGUACAAUUGGUCAUGUUGCUCAUGGAAAAUCCACAGUUGUGAAAGCUAUUUCUGGAGUUCACACUGUAAGAUUCAAAAAUGAACUGGAAAGAAAUAUUACUAUCAAGCUUGGAUAUGCAAAUGCUAAGAUUUAUAAACUUGAUGACCUAGGGUGUCCUCGCCCAGAAUGUUAUAGAUCCUGUGGAAGUAGCACACCUGAUGAGUUUCCUACAGACAUUCCUGGAACCAAAGGAAACUUCAAACUAGUCAGACAUGUUUCUUUUGUUGACUGUCCUGGUCAUGAUAUUUUGAUGGCCACUAUGCUGAAUGGUGCAGCGGUGAUGGAUGCAGCUCUUCUGUUGAUAGCUGGUAAUGAAUCUUGUCCACAACCUCAGACAUCUGAACACCUAGCUGCCAUAGAAAUUAUGAAAUUGAAACAUAUAUUGAUAUUGCAAAACAAAAUUGACUUGGUAAAAGAAAGUCAAGCUAAAGAACAAUAUGAACAAAUUCUUGCAUUUGUACAAGGUACAGUAGCAGAAGGGGCUCCUGUUAUCCCAAUUUCUGCUCAGUUGAAGUAUAAUAUUGAAGUGGUGUGUGAGUACAUAGUAAAGAAAAUUCCAAUACCUCUAAGAGAUUUCACAUCAGAGCCCCGGCUUAUUGUGAUUAGGUCAUUUGAUGUUAACAAACCUGGCUGUGAAGUUGAUGACCUUAAAGGCGGUGUAGCCGGUGGCAGUAUUUUAAAAGGAGUUUUAAAGGUGUGCCAGGAAAUAGAAGUUCGACCUGGUAUUGUGUCCAAGGAUAAUGAUGGAAAACUCAUGUGUAAAUCAAUAUUUUCAAAAAUUAUAUCACUUUUUGCAGAACACAAUGAUCUGCAGUAUGCUGCCCCAGGUGGUCUUAUUGGUGUGGGAACAAAAAUCGACCCCACAUUGUGCCGAGCUGAUAGAAUGGUUGGGCAAGUGCUUGGUGCAGUUGGAUCUUUGCCAGAGAUAUUCACAGAACUAGAAAUUUCUUAUUUUCUACUUAGACGACUUCUAGGUGUACGCACGGAAGGAGACAAAAAAGCCGCAAAGGUACAAAAGCUAUCAAAGAAUGAGGUGCUAAUGGUGAACAUAGGAUCGCUGUCUACUGGAGGGAGAGUUAGUGCAGUCAAGGCAGAUCUGGGUAAAAUAGUUCUCACAAAUCCUGUGUGCACAGAAGUAGGAGAAAAAAUUGCUCUUAGCCGAAGAGUUGAGAAACACUGGCGUUUAAUUGGUUGGGGUCAGAUAAGAAGAGGAGUGACCAUCAAGCCAACUGUAGAUGAUGACUGAAGAAGCACAGUUAGUUCGUUUGAAUAAAGUCAGUUUCUGUUAGCAUUUUAGGAAUAUGUUUUUAAAAUCAAACUAGGAAAUAAAUUUUGAAGUUCAUUAUCAUAAUGGAAGUUUUC